ACCCGCGGUUAGCUUUUGUCAGAAACAGGUGAGGCUAUUGUUUGUCGGUCGCCACUCUUAAGGGUGGGCAGGUUGUAUUUCUGUGGUGUGUUGACCUUAAGAUCAUUAACACGAUAUGGCAGAGGCCCAGCAACGUGAGGAAAACGGCGUAGUCCUGUUGUCAAUGAAAGAAAACAUGGCGCAAGUGACUCCGAAAGAGACCAACGGCGGCCCGGAAAACGGGGACGUACCGCCACCAAGCACCAGCCCCACAUGGCUGAGUCGGUCGGGCUCAGGGAAGAGGCGUGACCGAGGAGUGACACUCACAUGUCACGGUGUCGGCUACGGCGUCGAUGUGAAGACUAAAGCUUGUGCCAAGGCCGUCAAAAACAUUCUACAAAAUAUCAAUGGCAUCUUCAAGCCAGGUAUGAAUGCCAUCAUGGGGCCCACAGGCGGAGGCAAGACAACGUUACUUGAUAUUCUGGCUGCAAGAAAAGAGCCUGAAGGCCUGUCAGGAUUGGUACUUGCUGAUGGAGGACCUCUUCCUAACAACUUCAAGUGCAUGACAGGGUAUGUGGUGCAGGAUGACAUCAUCAUGGGCACGCUGACAGUCCGUGAAAACCUGGAGUUUUCUGCCGCACUCCGUCUGCCCACGUCUAUCAAACACAAGGAGAAGAAAGAGAGGGUUCGUCAGGUGUUGGUAGAGUUGGGGCUCACACAGUGUGCAGAGACAAAGGUGGGAACAGAGAUGAUCCGUGGUGUGUCGGGUGGAGAGCGUAAACGGACCAACAUCGGGAUGGAACUGAUCACCGCUCCACCUGUCCUCUUCCUGGACGAACCAACCACAGGUCUGGACGCCAGCACGGCAAACGUAGUCAUGAUGCUGCUACAGAGGCUUGCACAGAAAGGCAAGACAAUCAUCUUUUCCAUCCACCAGCCUCGAUUCUCCAUCUUCCGUCUCUUUGACUCCCUCAUGCUGCUGGCUAACGGUGAGGUUGUGUACCAUGGUGCAGCUGAUCAGGCCUUGGAUUACUUUCAGUCUAUUGGCCAUGAAUGUGAACUUCACAACAACCCAGCUGACUUCUUCCUGGAUGUGAUCAACGGUGACUCUACGGCUGUGGCAGCUGUCAUGAAUGAUAUCGAGAAGGAGGAAAAAAUGGAAGAACUAUCUGUGCAGGUACUGAAUGACAACAACAAGAAGGAGAGCACCGACAGCCAAAACAACAGUGCCUUGUUAACCCAACAGUACACAGCCUCCAGGUUCUACCAGGACACCAUGGCUCAGCUGGAACCUUUCGUAGAAAAACAGGACACUCUGGGAGCUAAAUACACCAAACAGGAAGUCAGCUACAGGACCAAUUUCUUCCACCAGUGCAAAGUCGUUAUCAAGAGAACAGUGAAGAACUUGGUCCGCAACCCACAAGCAUCAAUUGCCCAGGUCACGUUAAACAUCAUAUUUGCUCUGAUCAUCGGCAUCAUCUACCUUCAAAUAGAUGCCAGUGCUUCCACGGGUGUACAGAACAGGUCUGGUGUGUUCUUUUUCCUGGCCACCAACAUGAUGUUUGGCAGUUUGUCUGCUGUGGACCUUUUUGCCAGAGAAAGGCAAAUCUUUGUCCAUGAGUCAGCUAGUGGGUACUACCGGGUCUCUACUUACUUCUUCUCCAAGAUGUUCUGUGAUGUCAUCCCCAUGAGACUCAUCCCUGUUUCCAUCUUCGGCAUCAUCGCAUACUGGAUGAUUGGGUUACGACCAGAGGCCGGUGCUUUUUUCUUCUUCCUCCUGACGUUGUUCAGCACCACUAUGGCAGCCUCCAGCAUCGCGUUUGCCAUCAGUGCCACCACACCCAUCUUUCAGGUCGCACAGAUCUUCAUCACUCUGGCUUUCAUCUUCAUGCUGCUGAUGGGAGGUUUCCUGGUUAACCUGGGUUCAGUAGGACCCUGGAUCAACUGGCUGAAGUACUUCAGUAUUGUCAGAUACUGUAUAAAUGGCCUAACCAUUCCGGAGUUCCGUGACCGUCUGUUCUGUGAUGCCAGUAACAUCACCAGUACUGCCGCUCCUGUUGGGGAGCCCAAUGCUAUAGGUUCUGUCUGUGUAUCUGGUAACACCUACAUGGACGUACAGGAGAUUGACUACAGUCUGUUUGGACAGUGGAGUAACAUGCUGGGUCUGUGGGGCAUCAUGGUCAUCUGUCUCACUCUGUGUUAUAUCCAGCUCAGGAGGAUCAAGAAACUCAAGUAGAUACAUGAAGAAAUCAGUAGAAUACUACACAGUGCCACACCAUAUCGCCAGAGGUACCAGCCUGACCGCGGAUCACUGGAGGACCGGAGGGGUAUCCGAUCCGCGGGAGGGCUGGGAGGGUGAUGCGGAAUACACCGUGUGGGAUUUUGAAAUAUUUGUCAUACCCACCCGAGAAAACAGAUGUUUCAAUGCAAAAUGUUCCAAAAUUUGGUGUAUCUAAACAAAAAGUGUAAUGGCAUCAAGUGACAAGCCCAUGCAACUUCCAAAUUUGGUGUUCAAAGUUUUGACACUCGGUGCGUGCAAAACGCGUUUGGGUUCUUCUAUGAAACAUUCUGAAGCCUGUGUGAUAACAAAAGACAAUCCCGGGCCUUAUCGCUAGUUAUGACACGGCCGGAACACAUUGAAUCUUCAAUUGAAAAUCUUUGAUGAAAGGAACUUGGUAUGGUACAGUAGGACAAGGCUAAAGUUAUAAGCUGCCUUUAACACUUUCGUGUUAUUGUUGGUCUUUGUAGAAUGAACCAAAAUAGCAUGAAAGUCUUCUUUCAAAGUUUACAGAAAAAGAAAAUGUAAUUUAUUUUUUAAACCAAACAAAGUGAAUGAGAACAUGCAAUGAAACAGGAAUCAUGACUUUAUACUUUACCUCAUCAUGCGAUCACAUUCCCAGGGUUGUUUGUUUCUGCAUAUUUGCAAAGGAAAGUUUCUUCUUCAUUGUUGUUGUUUAUUCUUUUUUCAAUAAAAUUGCUGUAGGGAAGCAAUCAUUAGUGAGCCACAGCUAGAAAAGACUGAUACAAGGCUACGUACAUGUUAUAAUGUCAUGUUAAAAGCAAAGGUUUAGGAUUAGGAUGUAAAUUUUUAAACAGAAUCGACUUAAACUUGAGCCAUUCCAUUACUCGAGAACUAUGCAAAUAAUAAUGAGGUGAAUUUUUAGCAGAAAAUAUGGCAAUUCUUCUACAAUCCACAGGGUAUUAGGCAUAUAUUAAUUAAUUAAUAUUUUGUACUUCAGUAACAUUCUAUUAUUCAAGAUAUUCUCUGGCAAAUAUGUAUUUACCAUAAAUUAUGGUGAUAAGUUGCAUUUUAUGUAAUGUUUGGUUAUUUAAUUUUACCAUAUACUUCUCAUGUCCACAUUUAUGUCGACACAAAAUAGUUGCAAAUUGUAUCAUGCAUGUUUAAAGGUUUUGGGAACUUUGUAAUAUUGUAUAUUUUCUGUGUAUCAAGAAAAGGAACAGAAUCUAUGACAUAUUCUGGACUUUUCCAAACAUUGUCUACUGUAACAGCAGUAUUAGAGUAAGUCUUCUUUCAUACUUCAAUACUUAAUGAAACAUAUCGAUAAACAUCUAUGCAGUUGAUACUGUUAGUAUUGAUACACUAUGCAGUUGAGGCCAUUGAUAAUCUAUGCAAUAAAUGAACAAUACUGACAAGUUCACAAAACGCAAUGCUAUGAUAUAGCAUGUUAUACAAUGACAAUGAAGUUCAUUGCAUUUUCAUGCCCAAUGGGAUCAUUGUCAUUAUACAAAUCAGUGAAUGGUAAAAAUUUAGCAACAACUAUCCAAAGAUGUUUUUAAAUUUAUAAAGUCUAUAAUACACAUAUUUUUCUGAAUAUCUCAUUACACACAGCCUUUGGACUAUGAUUAUUAGAGAAAGAUGUAUAUCUAUAUUAAAUGUAUUCGGAACUAUAUUCAAAUGUAUUAUUUUAGGGAUAUGUGUUACAUAAGUCUAAUUUACGAGCUGGAAAUGG